GGAAUUUACCAAAUUUGCGCUCAAUUUUUAUUUUUAUUGUUUAAUUAAUCCAAAUAUUCGUCUAAUUUGCCUUCAUGUAAUCCGUUGUAGGCCAAUGAAAAAAUCGCCUCAUAUUUCAGGUCAACCAAUGAAUCAAAUAUCAAAUUUUGCGAAAAGAAGAUCAUUCCCAAUCACUAAAUCGGAAAAUACUACACUGGAUAAAAUCAAUAGACGAUUAACGGUGAUUGAUAACAAUCGAAUCAAUGAAUUUGUCCGAAAAGAUAUAGGUAAAGGUGAUGAUGAUAAUAAUAAUGAUGAUGAUGAUGAUGAUGAUAACGACGAUGAUGAUGGUAAUAAUAAUGAUAAUGUUGUUACUACAACUACUAAUGAUAUUAUCAUUGAUGAUAGACGUGUUAUUGUCAGUGCUAAUAGUUUGGAAGAAAUACGAUUGCUAAUUAAUGGACGUUGCAGUACAGUGUAAAUGCAAAAAUUGUUGAUUUAUCUGGUGAAUAGAGAAAUUUUUCAGAUAUUAUGAUAAUGAAUAAUAUGAAUAAAG